AUUUUGUCUCACUGGCGAUUGAUCUUCACAUACAAAGUUCCUCCUGUGUCCAACAUAUGUAUUAAACAUAAGUGUGACUGGAACAGCAUCAAGACACACACACCCGAGUGAGGAUUUUCCAGCACUGACUGUGGAAAGAGCCUUGACCAGUUGUACAGCCAGAAAAACAUCGCAUCAUUCACAGUGAGGAGAGACCAUACAUAACUAGAGAGACACAAGGGCAUCUGCACCAUGCAGAAACCAUGGAAAUGUGAGGACUGUGGAAAGGGAUUCCGUACCCCAUCUGCGUUGGAAACUCAUCGACGCAUUCACACCGGGGAGAAGCCAUUCAUCUGCUCCGUGUGUGGGAAGGGAUUCACACGUUCAUCCAUCCUGUUCACACAUCAGCGACUUCAUACUGGGGAGUGGCCGUUCACCUGCUCUGAUUGUGGGAAGGGAUUCACUCAUUUGACCCACCUGCAGACACACCAGCGAGUUCACACUGGGGAAAGACCAUUCAUUUGCCCUGUGUGUGGGAAGGGAUUCACUCAGUCGUCCCGCAUGCGGACACACCAGCGAGUUCAUACUGGGGAGAGACCGUUCAUCUGCUCUGUGUGUGGGAAGGGAUUCAGUGAAUCAUCAACGCUGCAGAAUCAUCGUGUAGUUCACACUGGGGAGAGGUCAUUCACCUGCUCUCUGUGUGGGAAGAAAUUCACUCGGUCAUCCAAUAUACUGCGACACCAGAUGGCUCACACUGAAGAGAGGCCAUUCAUCUGCUCCAUGUGUGGGAAGGGUUUCACACGGUCGACCAGCCUGCUGAUACACCAACGCAUUCACACUGGAGAGAGGCCAUUCAGCUGCAAUGAAUGUGGGAAGGGAUUCACACACUCAUCCAGCCUGUGGAAACACCAGCGAGUUCACACCGGGAAGAGGCCA